AUUGUGCAGCAAAUGAACAUACCAACCUUAGCGAACCAAGCUGGCAGAAGCACCGGCACCAACAGUCUUUAGUCAUCAUUGGCUAAAACACAGCAGUGCCAGUCCUUCAAAAUAACAGUUCGCAUAAUUUAUCUUUUUAGAUGCAGCAAUUAUUUAAGAGAAAUUUACGUCAUGCAUGAACAUAGGUGAAAUACCGACCUUUUAGUGAGCAUAACAUCACUAAAAGAGCAAUGGAUGAGUUUGCAAGCCCUUGUAAGAAGAGAUUAACAUGGGUCACCUGAUCAACAUCAGAUGGCUAUUAUGCUAGGCCAUCAAGAGUACAGCUACCGGAACUACAUGUUAUGCUGAGAUCGAGUGCUUGACGUGCAUGACGCUAACCCUAAAGUCCGUCCUGAGAGCCCAGAAGGGCUUCUUCCAAUGCUUCCCUCCACGCUGGGUGUGGCGGCCUCCUUCCCUCCAAAUUUAAAUUCAAACAUCCGCCCAUGCCCCGAUCCAAACUCCCACGAACCGAGGAGAAAGACCGCCACCUUUCAUUCUCCAAACCAAGUCAUCCCUCUAUUACGGAGAUGCAAUGGUAUCGACCAGUUCCCCCCGGUCCAUGCCGCAAUCCUCAAAACUGGGGUGGACCGAGACCCCCUUCUGCUCUUCAAGAUCCUUCGGCUUUGCUCCGCCUUCAGGUCCAUGGACUACGCCGCCCGGAUUUUCGACGGGAUUGAAAACCCUGAUGUCUAUCACUACACUGCCCUCAUUGGUGGAAAGAUUGUGGCCGCCUCUUCUCUUGAUGCCAUCCGGCUUUACGCUCGAAUGGUUGGCGAGCACAUUGAACCUGACCCAGUUGUGAUCGCUUAUGUUCUGAAAGCCUGUGGGUUUCGGUUGGCAUUAGAAGAGGGGAGACAAGUCCAUGGUCAGGUUCUCAAACUGAAGCUUGGUUCCGAGAGGCCCAUUCGCAUGAAAUUAAUGGAGUUUUAUGGGAGAUGUGGGAAGUUCGAUGAUGCCAGAUGGGUGUUUGGUGAAAUGCCCGAGAGAGAUGCGGUCGCUGCAACGAUUUUGAUUUCAUGCUACUCCGACCGUGGUUUGAUCGAAGAAGCUGAAGCUGUGUUUGACGGAGUGCAAGAUAAGGAUACUGUGUGCUGGACUGCGAUGAUUGAUGGAUGUGUUAGGAAUGGGAGGGCGAAUAGGGCACUGAAAUUUUUCAGAGAGAUGCAGAGGGAGAAUGUCCGACCCAAUGAAUUUACCGUUGUUUGUGUUCUAUCGGCUUGCUCUCAAUUGGGUGCAUUGGAGCUUGGAAGAUGGGUCCAUUCUUACGUCGGCAAGUACAACAUCAGACUGAAUACUUUCGUAGGUUCGGCGCUCAUUGAUAUGUAUACAAAAUGUGGAAUUCUUGAAGAAGCUCAAGAAGUAUUCAGCGAGUUGGCUGAGAAGGAUGCAGUCUCUUAUAACUCCAUGAUUGUCGGGCUUGCCAUGAAUGGGAGGAGCUAUGAGGCCGUGGAACUAUAUCGGCUGAUGAUUACAAAAGGUCUAAGACCAACUCACAUCACCUUUGUUGCUGUUUUAAAUGCUUGUAGCCACAGUGGGCUUGUGGAUAUGGGAUUUGAGAUAUUUGAGUCCAUGGUAAAGGACCAUGGCUUAGAGCCACAAAUAGAGCACUAUGGUUGUAUGGUAGACCUUCUUGGCCGUGUUGGGCGUUUGGAGGAAGCAUAUGAGUUCAUCAAAAGAAUGAGCAUUGAACCGGAUCAUGUUAUAUGGGGGGCUUUGCUUGGUGCAUGUAAGAUCCAUGGAAACUUGACCCUUGGAGAGAAGGUGGCUAGAAUUUUGAUCGACAGUGAAGCGGCUGACUCUGGAACUUACGUUCUUCUCUCCAAUGUUUAUGCCUCAUUUAGGAAAUGGGAGGAGGCAGCGAGAAUUAGGACAAAAAUGAAGGAGAGGGGUAUUCAGAAAGAACCUGGUUGCAGUUCCAUUGAAGUGGACAAUGAGAUCCAUGAGUUCCUAUUGGGGGAUAUCAGGCAUCCUCGGCGAGAGGAAAUUUAUCGAAAGCUAGAAGAGUUGAAUGAUGCUCUAAAAUUAGAAGGGUAUACUCCUGCUAGAGAUGUGGUGUUGCAGGACAUUGAGGAAGAGGAGAAGGAAUGGGCUUUGGCCAUCCAUGGUGAGAGGUUGGCUAUAUGUUAUGGUCUUAUCUCAACUAAACCAGGAACGACAAUACGGGUUGUAAAGAACCUCAGAGUGUGCGGUGAUUGCCAUUCAAUGAUCAAGCUCAUUUCAAAGGUCACUAAAAGAAAGAUUGUGGUGAGGGAUAGAAAUCGCUUUCACCAUUUCGAAGAUGGGUCCUGUUCUUGCAGGGAUUAUUGGUGAACUCUGAUGGAAUUCAACCUUGAAUGCAAUUAUCCAGGAGAAAAUUCUACUCUGGUGAAGGGAGAUAUUCGAUUUUGAAGCAAGGCCUCGUGCUUCUCGGCUGCAGUCUAUGCCUUCUGAAACUCGUUGAUAUGGUUACGAAAGAUUGAGUGGAUGAUCAGAUAUUCAAAACCUGCAGAACUGUAACUGAAUUUCAUACGAGAAGCUUAAUGUGUGCGAUAAUAAUGUUUCUGAUAUUUCCACAAAUCCGAAAUUGUUCCCAUUUGCUGUUAUAUGGGUCAUGAAAUACUUUUCAGUCAGUUACCAGGCCAUGAGCUUUGUAACUCAUUUAGUUAAUUUCAUGGUUUAUUAUUCAGCA